AGGGUUUCUCGAUCUGUUCACACAUAUUUUCUUGCAUUAUACUACAUUCUGCAACAAAUUUGACGAUCAGAACAGAGACUCUCUUCUUAUAAUCAUACGAAGAUGCAAAACGGCAAAGAGAUGUUGUCACUGAACUCAUCAGGCAUCAGUGUGAUUACGAAUAAUCGGACGAUUUCUCGAGGCUUGUUUGCUCCAUAUCAGCAACAAGCACACGAUUUCAACAAUUUGUUGCAGAACGAUAUGACAAGAGAAUUGUAUAAUCAAUAUAACAUUCUCGAGGAGAGAGCCGUGUUGUGUAUGAAAGCGAAAGACAAAGCCCUCGAAGAAAUGACGAGAAAAUCUGGAGAAAUGGAGAUUCGUCUGAGGAAUGCUUUAGCGGAAGUCGAGUUUUUGAGGAAGGUGUCGGAUCAGAAAAGCGCCUUGUGUAGAGAUCUCGCCGAGAGGCUUCUGAAAGUGAGAAGGAGAGAGUUUUCGACGACGGAGAGGAACUUUGCAGAGGAGGCUCAAUCGUCUACAGGGGAUAAUGGAGACUGUGUCGCAGACACGGCAGGGACCCGUAGGUGCAAACGACGCCGUUCUAUGAAAUAGGCGGGAGUUGCGUUUGUGACGUUUGAGACACGCACGUGUGUUUUUGUCUAUAUGCACGUGUGGUAGUGGUAUUCAUUGUUCUCUGUUUAGUAUUCUCACUUCUUAGACAUUGUUUGUUGGUAUCCUCCAAAAGAUUGCAGUGGG